GCGGAAAAGCGCGCCAUCUCUCCGUCGAUUAAAGAGCCGUCCGUGGUCCCCAUCGAAGUCCCGCCCCCGGCGCUGCUGGACGAGAUCGAGGCUGCCGAGCUGGAGGGCAACGACGACAGGAUCGAGGGCGUGCUGUGUGGGGCCGUGAAGCAGCUGAAGGUCACGCGGGCCAAGCCCGACAGCACCCUGUACCUGAGCCUCAUGUACCUGGCCAAGAUCAAGCCCAACAUCUUCGCCACAGAAGGGGUCAUCGAGGCGCUCUGCAGCCUCCUGCGGCGGGACGCCUCCAUCAACUUCAAGGCCAAGGGCAACAGCCUGGUGUCCGUGCUGGCCUGCAACCUGCUCAUGGCCGCCUACGAGGAGGACGAGAACUGGCCCGAGAUCUUUGUCAAGGUGUACAUUGAGGACUCCCUGGGGGAGCGGAUCUGGGUGGACAGCCCGCACUGCAAGGCGUUCGUGGACAACAUCCAGACAGCGUUCAACACCAGGAUGCCCCCCAAGAGCAUGCUCCUGCAGGGGGAGGCCGGGCGCAGCGGAGGGGACCUCAGUGCUGGGAGCAGCCCGCACCCCUCCCUCACUGAGGAGGAGGACAGCCAGACGGAGCUGCUCAUCGCCGAGGAGAAGCUGAGCCCGGAGCAGCAGGAGGGCCAGCUCAUGCCCAGGUAUGAAGACCUCACGGAGAGCGUGGAGGAGUAUGUUCUGGACAUGCUGCGGGACCAGCUCAACCGGCGCCAGCCCAUCGACAACGUCUCGCGGAACCUCCUGCGGCUCCUCACCUCCACCUGCGGGUACAAGGAAGUGCGGCUGAUGACGGUGCAGAAGCUGGAGAUGUGGCUGCAGAACCCCAAGCUGACGCGGCCGGCCCAGGACCUGCUGAUGUCCGUGUGCAUGAACUGCAACACGCACGGCGCCGAGGACAUGGACGUCAUCUCCCACCUGAUCAAGAUCCGCCUCAAGCCCAAGGUUCUCCUCAACCACUACAUGCUCUGCAUCAGGGAGCUGCUGAACGCACACAAGGACAACCUGGGCACCACCAUCAAGUUCGUGAUUUUCAACGAGCUGUCCAACGCCCGGAACCCGAACAACAUGCAGAUCCUGUACACGGUGCUGCAGCACAGCGCGGAGCUGGCCCCCAAGUUCCUGGCGAUGGUGUUCCAGGACCUGCUGACCAACAAGGACGACUACCUGCGGGCCUCGCGGGCCCUGCUGCGGGAGAUCAUCAAACAGACCAAGCACGAGAUCAACUUCCAGGCCUUCUGCCUGGGGCUCAUGCAGGAGCGCAAGGAGCCGCAGUACCUGGACAUGGAGUUCAAGGAGCGGUUCGUGGUGCACAUCACAGACGUGCUGGCCGUGUCCAUGAUGCUGGGCAUCACGGCCCAGGUGAAGGAGGCCGGCAUCGCCUGGGACAAGGGCGAGAAGAAGAACCUCGAGGUGCUGCGCUCCUUCCAGAACCAGAUCGCCGCCAUCCAGAGAGACGCGGUCUGGUGGCUGCACACCGUCGUCCCCUCCAUCAGCAAGAUGGCCCCCAAGGACUACGUGCACUGCCUCCACAAGGUGCUCUUCACAGAGCAGCCGGAGACCACUUGGCACUGGGGUCACCUGCCAGUCUGGCUGGCCCCCCUGAGCCCAGCCUCUCCCUGCUCCCCCCACAGCUUCUUCCUCCGCCUGUGCUCUGAGGUGCCCAUCCUGGAGGACACGCUGAUGCGCAUCCUGGUCAUCGGGCUGUCCCGCGAGCUCCCGCUUGGCCCCGCGGACGCCAUGGAGCUUGCUGACCACCUGGUGAAGCGAGCUGCGGCCGUGCAGGCGGACGACGUGGAAGUGCUGAAGGUGGAGCGGGUCCAGCUGCUUGACGCCGUCCUGAACCUGUGCACCUACCACCACCCCGAGAACAUCCAGCUGCCCCCGGGGUAUCAGCCUCCCAACCUCGCCAUCUCCACCCUCUACUGGAAGGCCUGGCCCCUCCUGCUGGUUGUCGCCGCGUUCAACCCGGAGAACAUCGGUCUGGCCGCCUGGGAGGAGUACCCCACGCUGAAGAUGCUCAUGGAGAUGGUGAUGACCAACAACUACUCCUACCCGCCGUGCACCCUGACGGACGAGGAGACCCGCACCGAGAUGCUGAACCGCGAGCUGCAGACCUCGCAGCGGGAGAAGCAGGAGAUCCUGGCCUUCGAGGGGCACCUGGCAGCCGCCUCCACCAAGCAGACCAUCACCGAGAGCAGCAGCCUCCUCCUGUCGCAGCUCACCAGCCUGGAUCCCCAAGGGCCCCCGCGGAGGCCGCCCCCUCACAUCCUGGACCAAGUGAAAAGCCUCAACCAGUCCCUGCGCCUCGGGCACCUGCUGUGUCGGAGCCGAAACCCAGACUUCCUGCUCAACGUCCCCUUGUCCCCGCAGAGGCAACAGAAGCAGCAGCAGCUACUGGGCCGCCUGCAGGACCUGCUGCUGGGCCCCAAGGCGGACGAGCAGACCACGUGCGAGGUGCUGGACUACUUCCUGCGGCGCCUCGGCUCCUCACAGGUGGCCUCCCGGGUGCUGGCCAUGAAGGGCCUGUCCCUGGUGCUGUCGGAGGGCAGCCUGCGUGACCGGGACGGGGAAGAGAAGGAGCCCCCGGCGGAGGAGGACUCGGGGGACGCGGAGACGCUGCAGGGCUACCAGUGGCUGCUGCGCGACCUGCCCCGGCUGCCCCUGUUCCACAGCGUCAGCGCCUCCACCGCCCUGGCGCUGCAGCAGGCCGUCCACAUGGAGACCGACCCGCAGACGGUCAGCGCCUACCUGGUCUACCUGUCCCAGCACACGCCCGUGGAGGAGCAGGGCCCGCACAGCGACCUGGCUCUGGACGUGGCCCGGCUCAUCGUGGAGCGCUCCACCAUCAUGUCCCACCUCUUCUCCAAGCGCUCCUGCAGCGCCGAGUCGGACGCCGUGCUGGCCGCGCUGCUCUCCAUCUUCUCCCGCUACGUCCGGCGCAUGCGCAAGAGCAAGGAGGGGGAGGAGGUGUACAGCUGGUCGGAGUCGCAGGACCAGGUCUUCCUUCGCUGGAGCAGCGGGGAGACGGCCACCAUGCACAUCCUGGUGGUGCACGCCAUGGUCAUCUUGCUGACGCUGGGGCCGCCCCGCGCGGGUGACGAGGAGUUCCAGGCCCUGCUGGACAUCUGGUUCCCCGAGAAGAAGCCCCUGCCCACGGCCUUCCUGGUGGACACAUCCGAGGAGGCGCUGCUGCUGCCCGACUGGCUGAAGCUGCGCAUGAUCCGCUCCGAGGUCCCGCGGCUGGUGGACGCAGCCCUGCAGGACCUGGAGCCCCAGCAGCUGCUGCUGUUCGUGCAGUCCUUCGGCAUCCCCGUGUCCAGCAUGAGCAAGCUCCUGCAGCACCUGGACCAGGCCGUGGCCCACGACCCCCAGACCCUGGAGCAGAACAUCAUGGACAAGAAUUACAUGGCUCACCUGGUGGAGGUGCAGCACGAGCGAGGAGCGUCCGGAGGCCAGACGUUCCACUCCCUGCUCACGGCCUCCCUGCCCCCGCGGCGAGACAGUGCCGAGGCACCAAAACCCAAAAGCAGCCCGGAGCCGCCUCCGGGCCAGGGCAGGAUCCGGGCCAUGACUCAGGUGCGGGUGCUCGGCCCCGAGGACGACCUGGCCAGCAUGUUCCUGCAGGUCUUCCCGCUGAGCCCAGGCCCACGGUGGCAGAUCUCCAGCGCCCGCCCUGUGGCCCUGGCGCUGCAGCAGGCCCUGGGCCAGGAGCUGGCGCGAGUCCGCCAGGGGAGCCCUGAGGGGACGGGCAUCGCGGUGCGCCUGCUGCAGGCCAUGGCCUCGCUGCUGAACUCCCCGCACGGCGGGGCCCUGGCCGUGUCCAUGCAGCGGCACCACUUCCUGGCCUGCCCUCUGCUGCGCCUGCUCAGCCAGCACCAGCGCUGCCUGCCCCAGGACUCUGGCUUCUCGUCGCUUUUCCUCAAAGUGCUCAUGCAGAUGCUGCAGUGGCUGGACAGCCCCGGCGUGGAGGCCGGGCCCCUACAGGCCCAGCUCAAGCUGUUUGCCACUCAGUACUCGGCCCAGCGCAGGAUCGGCGACGUGCGGAGCGGGUUCCUGCACCUGGCGGAGGCCCUGGCCUUCCGUGGGGACAUGGAGGUGGUCAGCUCCACCGUCCGGGCCCUCGUUGCCACCCUGAGGGCCGGGGAGAAGUGUGGUGUGGAGCCUGAGCUUAUCAGCAAAGUCCUGCGGGGCCUGAUCAGGGUGAGGUCGCCUCACCUGGAGGAGCUGUUGACGGCGCUCUUCUCGGCCGCCUCUGCCCUCCCGGCCUCCAGGCCGGUUGCGGUGGUGAGCUCCCUGCUGCUGCAGGAGGAGGAGCCGCUGGCCGCGGGGCAGCAGGACACCGAUGGCAGCAGCCUGGAGGCCGUGCGGCUGGGGCCUUGCUCGGGGCUCCUGGUGGACUGGCUGGAGACGCUGGACCCCGAGGUGAUCGGCAGCUGCCCCGACCUGCAGCAGAGGCUGCUGUUCUCCCGGAGCAAGGGCAAAGGCCAGCCCGGCCCCCAGGUGCCCUCUUUCCGGCCCUACCUCCUGGCCCUCCUCACGCACCAGUCCAAUUGGUCCACGCUGCACCAGUGCAUCCGGGUCCUGCUGGGCAAGAACCGGGAGCACAGGUUUGACCCCUCGGCCUCCCUGGACUUCCUCUGGGCUUGCAUCCACGUGCCUCGGAUCUGGCAGGGAAGGGACCAGCGCACCCCUCAGGCAGGUCAUGGGGAGCACCCGCCUGCGGGCUGGGGUGACACGCGUGCGAGCCCAUUGGUCCGCCCGGGGCUGGCUGAUGGGACCAGGAGCCAGGACGGCGACCUCCUUCAGGCCCGGCUGCCCCUGCUGCUCAGCUGCUGCCGUGGGGACGACGACAGCAUCAGGAAGGUGACGGCGCACCUGACCGGCUGCAUCCAGCAGUGGGGUGACAGGGGCGCCACCGCCAGCAGCAUCUGCAAGCUGGAUGUGCUCACACACCGCUUCAUCACCCUCCUCGCCGACACCAGCGACUCCCGGGCGUCCGAGAGCCGCGUGGCUGACGCCAACAUGGCCUGUCGGAAGCUGGCGGUGGCUCACCCCCUCCUGCUGCUCAGGUACGGCCUCCCCACUCCCGCAGCUCUCCUGCACGGCCGCACCCACCUCAACUUCCAGGAGUUCCGGCAGCAGAACCACCUGACCUUCUUCCUGCACGUGCUGGGCGUGCUGGAGCUGCUGCAGCCGCAGGUGUUCCAGAGCGAGCACCAGGGGGCGCUGUGGGACUGCCUGCGCUCCUUCAUCCGCCUGCUGCUGAACUACAGGAAGUCCUCGCGCCACCUGGCCCCCUUCCUCAACAAGUUCGUGCAGUUCACCCACAAGUACAUCACCUGCAACGCACCCCCCACCUGGAGCCGUGUCCUCACCGUCGCCUGUGCUCUCCCCAGCGACCUGUCCUUCGACAGCAGUGACCUGGUGAUGCUCAAGUCCCUCCUCGCGGGGCUGAGCCUGCCCAGCAGGGAUGGCCGAGCCGACCACGGCCUGGACGAGGAGGGAGAGGACGAGAGCUCGGCGGGCUCCCUGCCCCUGGUCAGCGUCUCCCUCUUCACCCCGCUGACCACAGCCGAGAUGGCCCCCUACAUGAAGAGGCUCUCCCGAGGCCAGACCGUUGAGGAUCUGCUGGAGGUUCUGGGCGACAUAGACGAGAUGUCCCGGCGGAGACCCGAGAUCCUGGGCUUCUUCUCGUGGAGUCUGGAGCCUGGGCCGUCGGGCGUCGAGGGGAGGUGCCCACUGAGCACAUGCCUUCUCAGCAUCGCGGCCGACUUCUUGCCCACGUUCAUGUACUGCCUGGGCAGCCGGGACUUCGAGGUGGCGCAGACGGCCCUCCGGAACCUGCCGGAGUACACC